AUGAAUGGCUCUAGUGGAUAUGAUCCAUCUGUAUAUCCUGGGGGUACUUGGAUACAAAUGACACCUUCGAAUGCCUUGAAUGUAUGCUAUUACGGCACUGUAAAUACUAAUUUGUCUGUUUGGAAAAUUUCAAACCCCUUGUUUGAAACUGUUCCAGUCUUUGCUGCGCAAUUAUGCAUUGCGAUGUUCAUGAUUCGCUUGUUCUUCUACAUCUUCAACUUCAUCCGUCAACCACGAUUUUUCGCAGAGAUAAUUACAGCUUGUCUUGUAGGUCCAGUAUUCACAAGAUCUGCAUUUUUCAUUGGAUACAUACAUAAAUGGAACAGCCAUGAGGUGUUGGAGACAAUGGCAAACUUAGGCCUUGUUUAUUACAUGUUUCUUGUGGGUUUAGAGAUUGAUCUAAACAUGGUUAGGAGAGUGGGGAAGAAAGCUUUAUGCAAUGCCGUGGCUGGAAUUCUGUUUUCUAUGACCAUGGGUGCCGGUCUGUAUUUCCUGUUUACACACGAUAUAUCCAUAUUUCCCUCUGCCAAUCCUCUUGGUGGGUUGUUUUGGGGUGUUGCUCUUACUGUCACAAGCUUCCCCGAUCUUGCUCAAGUUCUUUCAGACAUCAACCUCAUCAGCACGGAUCUUGGACAAAUAGCCUUGUCUUCAGCUUUUGUCAAUGAUUUAGCAUCAUGGACUAUUCUUAUUAUCACAAUGACAAUGCUUACUGGAUAUAAUAAGCUUUCCAUCCUCCCAACUGUUGGCUUCGUAAUGCUUUGCUGGUUUGUGGUGCGUCCGAUCCUUAGCAAAAUCAAAACUUCCUUAAACAAAAGCAGUGGCAGAGACUUUCAAGUGAAUAUUAUUCUUGCCGGAGUACUCAUUUGUGGAUUGAUCACAGAUGCUUGUGGCUCCCAUUCUGUGACUGGAGCUUUUGUUUUUGGAAUUGUUAUACAAAAUAUGGAGCUUGAGAGAAGGUUUAUAGAACAAGUCAAUGACUUUGUGAUAGGAAUUAUGCUUCCUGCCUUCUACCUGGUUGCUGGAGGCAAAAUUGACAUAGCAUUUAUGAUGUCCCAAACUAAUGUAGUCAUGUUGCUGGUGAUUAUUGUCUUGGCUUGCUCAGCCAAGGUUUUGAGCUCUUUCCUUGUCUGCAAGGCCUUUGGUAUCUCUGCUCGUGAUGGCAUUGCCCUUGGGGUUCUUAUGAAUACAAAAGGCCUUUUGGCUCUGAUUGUUAUUGGCGUCGGCCGAGAUGUACAGGCUUUGGACAAUGUGACAUAUCCUGCAAUUGUGAUUGUGUUUGUGGUGAUGACAGCAUUUGGGAAACCUUUUCCUUAUUGGGCUAGUAAGUCUUCAAAGCAUCUCAAGCAAUACAAGCACAGGACUAUCGAAACAAGCAAAGAGGAUUCUGAAUUUCGAGUCAUUAUGUGCGUUCAUGAAUCUCGCCAUCUAUCAGGAUUGAGCACUCUCUUAAAAUUGUCUAACUCUACUAAACUAUCUCCAAUCAGUACUAUUGUUCUUCAUUUAGUAGAACUGACAGGCCGUUCCUCAGCCAUGCUGAUUGUUCAUGAUACCUAUAAGUCCAGUUAUCUCAACCAACCCAUCUUUGAAAGAGUUCUGUCAGACCACAUCAGAUCUCACAGUUUCGGAAGCAAUACAGGGAGUAGAGAAAGCCAUCCGAUAUCCAUCCAACCAGUAACAAUUGUGUCUCCUUACGCGGCCAUGCACAGAGAGAUAUGCAGUGUUGCACAGGACGAACAUGUUACUAUUAUUCUAGUCCCAUUUCAUAAGGAAGGAGGUGGAAACGAGGAGCAAGAGAAUUCUUCUAUCAGAAUUGUCAACCAAAACCUUCUAGCAAAAGCUCCAUGUUCAGUCGGUAUAUUUGUUGACCGAGGGCUUCAUUUAAACAUUCGUGAUAAGGGGAUCGAUCUAGGGAAGCCACUAAUCAAUGUUGUCAUGCUUUUCACCGGUGGACCCGAUGAUCGCGAAGCCUUAGCUUACGCAUGGAGGAUGGCAGGCUCUUCCGAUGUUCUUUUAACUGUUUUACGCUUUCAAUCAGGAGAAGAGGCAAAAAGUAUAAUGGAAGAGGCAGAAGGGAGUGGGAAUGAUAAACAAAUUGAUGAGAAAUAUGUGAAUGAGUUCAGAUUCAAGUCAAUGUGCAAUGAUCGAGUAACUUAUUUAGAAAAGGUGGUGAAUAAUGGGGAUGAUAUUAUGAGAACCAUAAAGGAAAUGUUUGAUUAUUGUGAUCUGUAUAUGUUGGGCAGGGGUCAAGGAGUGGAAUCUCCUUUCACGUUAGGGCUAUCAGAGUGGAGUGAUUGUAAAGAUCUAGGAGUACUGGGAGAGGCAUUAUCUACAUCUGAGUUUGCACGAAAUGCAUCCAUUCUUGUAAUCCAACAACAUUAUGUUGCAGACAGCUGA